AUGACUUCGACCGGUUUGCAUACGGCGCUUUUGCGCCCUGCGGUCAUUCAAAUAUUGAGAGCGGCUGGAUUUGGGUAUGCCCGUCCUGCGGUGAUCGAUACCGUGACUGAUCUGGCUACGCGGUAUUUGAUUUUGCUGGCUUCUUCAACUGCGCGGACUGCUUUCAAUACGCACAAUAGUAUGGUACCGACUAUUCAGGAUGUAAGGCUCGCACUGAGCCAGGCCGGAGCCCUAGUUCCCCAGAUGACCACGGUUGAGGAAAAUCUGAGAGGCGAGGUUGAGAUCGAAGGUGUGAUGGUGCCGUUUGAAGACUUGCGAGGCGUUGAGGCUUUUGUGAACUGGGCUCAAGGGCCGGUCAACAAGGAAAUCAGGAGGGUCGCCGGAUUCGGAGAUGAUGCAAAUGUGGAGGAAAUUGCAGCAGGACUCGAUGACCAAGAAGAUUAUCUUACUGCGCUGAAGAAGAAACACAGCAAGACCGGCGAGGAAUUUCGAUAUCAAGGCACCAUUCUUGGAAAAGACACCGAAUUGCAGGCUGUGUCCAUUGUUGGAGGGCCGGCUGCGUCGAUUGCGGAAUGGACUCAUCAGUUUCUGUCUGGAACGAAGUCCUCGAGGGCGCAGAAAGACAACGCAGCAGCAACGCCAGCAACCUCAGGUAUAAGCAGUGCGCCACCGACUCCGAUUGAAUCCGAAUGA